GUUUGUUCUGUUUGAGCUCAGUGACAUUAACCAGUGUGAGAGCAGCAGCUGAUCACUAGUUUCUGUUUCUUUACUUCAUUAAUAUUAGGUAUCAGGAAGUCUUGAGUCUUUAACCGUCUGUCAUUAUUCGGUCAGUAUGGAGCUCAGUCUUCUUCCUCUUGUGCUCUUGCUGAUUUCAAGCAUCCACUCUGCACACACUGAAGAAAGACCAAAACCCAUAGUGUCCAUCAAACCUGCUCAACAUGUGUUCAGAGGAGAGAAAGUCACUCUCAGAUGUGACAUAUAUGAUGAAGGAGUCACUAGCUGGAGAUACAGCUGGUAUAAAGAAAGUUCAGUCAGUGUUUUCAGUGAUCAGCAGGAACACACACUAACGUCUGUUACUGAGUCUGACGCAGGUAAAUACACCUGUGACGGAUUUAAAGGAUCACGCUGGUCACAAAAGAGUGAUGCAGUUACACUGACAGUAUCAGGUCUAGCUAAACCAACUCUGACUGUUAAGCCACAGAGUUCAGUGUUCACUGGAGACUCAGUUACUCUGAGAUGUGAGCUGAUUCAGUCACAGAAUGGAUGGGAGUUUCUCUGGAGAAAAGACUCAAAUCCUGAAUCUACUGAAGCUGCAACUAAAACAAUCAAUCGUGUGAAAGUCUCUGAUGGAGGAGAGUACAGGUGCAGAGCACGAAGAAGAGAAUAUCACACCGACUACAGUGAACCAGUAGUAGUGACAAUAAACGAAAGACCAAAACCCAAAGUGACAAUGAUACCUGCUCAACAUGUGUUCAGAGGAGAGAAAGUCACUCUCAGAUGUGACGUAUAUGAUGAAGAAGUCACUAGCUGGAGCUACCGCUGGUAUCAAGGUUCAACCAGGUUUGUCAGUGAUCAACAGGAACACACACUCAUGUCUGUUACUGAGUCUGACGCAGGUAAAUACACCUGUAAAGGAUCAGAGACAGAAGGAUCACGCAGGUCACAAAUGAGUGAUGCAGUUACACUGACAGUAUCAGAAAAACCAAAACCCAAAGUGACCAUUAAACCUGCUCAACAUGUGUUCAGAGGAGAGACAGUCACUCUCAGAUGUGACGUAUAUGAUGAAGAAGUCACUAGCUGGAGAUACAGCUGGUAUAAAGAAAGUUCAGUCAGUGUUUUCAGUGAUCAGCAGGAACACACACUAACGUCUGUUACUGAGUCUGACGCAGGUAAAUACACCUGUGACGGAUUUAAAGGAUCACGCUGGUCACAAAAGAGUGAUGCAGUUACACUGACAGUAUCAGGUCUAGCUAAACCAACUCUGACUGUUAAGCCACAGAGUUCAGUGUUCACUGGAGACUCAGUUACUCUGAGAUGUGAGCUGAUUCAGUCACAGAAUGGAUGGGAGUUUCUCUGGAGAAAAGACUCAAACCCUGAAUCUACUGAAGCUGCAACUAAAACAAUCAGUCGUGUGAAAGUCUCUGAUGGAGGACAGUACAGGUGCAGAGCACGAAGAAGAGGAUACCACACAGAUUACAGUAAACCAGUAGUAGUGACAAUAUACGAAAGACCAAAACCCAAAGUGACAAUGACACCUGCUCAACAUGUGUUCAGAGGAGAUACAGUCACUCUCAGAUGUGACAUAUAUGAUGAAGGAGUCACUAGCUGGAGCUACAACUGGUAUAAAGUAGGUUCAGUCAGAUUUAUAAGUUAUCAACAGGAACACACAUUCAUGUCUGUUACUGAGUCUGACACAGGUAAAUACAGCUGUGAAGGAUCAGAGACAGAAGGAUCACGCUGGUCACAAAUGAGUGAUGCAGUUACACUGACAGUAUCAGAUCCCAGAGCAGUUUUAAGUGUUUCUCCACAGAACUGGUUGACUGAAGGAGAUCCAGUGACUCUGAUCUGUGAGGUUCACAGCUUCUCUACAGGCUGGACGUUCAGCUGGUUCACUUUAACUGUCUCACCAGAUCAGUAUGAUCAGCUGUCAGACAGCAGCAGAGGAGCAGGAGGAAACUACACGGUCAGUUCUGUUGCUCUAAAUCACACAGGAGUUUAUGUGUGCAGAGCAGAGAGAGAGAAAUCAGUCUAUAAAACACCGUUCAGCAACACACAGCUGCUGUGGGUCACUGGUGUUUCUCCUCCAGUCUCUCUGAGCGUCAGUCCCAGCAGAACUCAACACUUCACAUCUGUCUCUCUCUCUCUGAGCUGUAAGGACCAGAGUAACUCUACUGGAUGGAGAGUGAGAAGAUACACAGACGCUGGACGGCUGAAAGAUUGUUCAUUACGUGGAGGAUCUACAUGUACAUUCAGAGUCACUGUCCCAUCAGACACUGGAGUGUACUGGUGUGAGUCUGAAUCUGGAGAGAAACAUCAUCCUGUUAAUAUCACUGUACACUCUGGUGUGAUUCUGGAGAGUCCUGUUCAUCCUGUGACUGAAGGAGAUCAUCUGAUUCUGCGCUGUUUAUAUCAACACACAACCCCAGCAAACCUCAGAGCUGAUUUCUAUAAAGAUGGAUCACUCAUCCAGAAUCAAACUACAGAGAUGACCAUCACCACUGUCUCAAAGUCACAUGAGGGUUUCUACUUCUGCAAACACCCGACGAGAGGAGAGUCACCCAAGAGCUGGAUCUCAGUCAGGGAUAAGUCUUCCGCAGACUCAAGGUCUUAUAAACCCAUGAUAAUUGGAGUGACUGCAGGACUGACUAUCACUUUUUUGAUCAUUGUCUUCUUGGUCCUGAUGUGGCGCUACAGAAACAACAAAGGUGGAGGAUCUCAGUCUCCCUCUACUGUCAGUCAACAGCAGAGCCUCAGUCAGACAUCAGAGCAGAACCAGAGAGAAGUGCGAGACAAGACACUGCUGUCUGGAACUGCUCAUAUUUAUAACUCUACUGCAGCUAUUUAUGCAACUGCUGAUAAUGACAUAAGCACAGACAGUGUAAGUGCACCUUCUGAACUCACCUAUGCUGAGAUUGAACUGAAAUCUACAAAGAAACAGAAGAAAAAGAAAGAAAACAAAGAGAAUAAACCUGAGAGUUCUGACUGCGUUUACUCUAAACUCAAGCUGCAGACAGAUCGAGGUGCUGGGUCUGGUGAAGUGAUUUAUGCUCAAGUUAAAUAAAAAUGUCCAGAGGAGAAACCCAGGAUGCUGAUGGGUGGAGAUUAACCAGGAUCAUCAAUGAUCAGUAAUCUUUGUGAUAUUGAUCACUUAAUGGAAAUAUAUAUAUAUAUAUAUGUAAAGGUACAGUGUGUAUUCUGAUUGGUUAAUACUAGCAGAGGCAGUAGAUUAUUAGUAGAACUGAGACAAUAGAAUAUCAUUUUCUGACUGUUGAGAAAGUGAACAAGUUUCAUUUUCCUGGAUAUAUUAUGGAAUUUUAAAAUUGUGAUUAUCAGGUCUGAAAAUGUUGUCUUUAAAUGUAAAUGUAUAUAGUGAAAAUUUUAUUUUAAAUCUUUAUUUUGAAAAUAUAGCUCAACUGUAAAAUAUGUUAUAGGCUAGAAAAUCAUAGCUUGGUGAGUUUGCAGUCUCUUAAAUUUACGCAGCAAAAAUAAA